AUGAAGCCAGGUCCAGACUUGCCAAUGGUCAUAUCUAGACCACACUAUAUUUCCGGAAGAGAUUGUGGCUAUUGUAACGGAAAAAAAGAGGAUUAUCAUGCGCUCGAGAGCCAGAAGACGACUAAUGGCGAUAAAGAAUCACAGUCCAUCACGAUUGGGUGCCAGGUAGAACAAAUGACAUGUCAACAUUAUGACGAAUUAAUAAACCAGGGGUUUAGGAGAUCAGGAACGUUUUUAUAUAAGCCAGAUUUAUUAAGAGGAUGUUGUCGAUUAUUCACUAUUCGAACCGAUGUUACUCAAUUAAAGGUGACCAAAGCUCACCGCAAGACAAUCAAUAGAUUUAUAAGAGCCAUAUCAGACGAACCAGACACGAAAGAGGGAAAUAAGCAUUUUGACUUGCAUUCUUUGGUCAAGGAAGAGCAGAAAUCAACCAGAUUUCACACCAAAUAUGAGCCAUCUAAAUUUUCAAAGGAGAAGUUUGAAUUGUACAAGAAAUAUCAAGUGCACAUCCACAAUGAUGAACCAAGUGACGUAACAGAAAGGUCUUUCAAGAGGUUCCUAUGCGAUACGCCAUUCCCAGAAAAGGAGGUGAUGGGAUCACUGGAUGAUUGGGAGACAUUGAACCACUGGGUGAAAAGAUGGCUGCCCGAAGAUAACACCCCUAGCAAUAGGGUCGGACCCACUCAUGAGUGCUACUACCUUGAUGGAAAGUUGAUAGCCAUUUCCAUAUUGGAUUUUUUGUCCACAGGAGUAUCGUCGAUUUAUUUCAUCUGGGACCCCGACUACGCCCAUUUAUCGCUUGGAACCCUUUCAGGUCUCAGAGAGAUAAUAAUGUGCAGCGAGUUGCAACUCGGAUACUACUACUUAGGCUACUACAUCGAAGAUUGUGCCAAAAUGAACUAUAAGCUGAAGUUCGGCGGAGAGCUCCUCGACUUAUGCAAUGAGGUGUACUUCCCGUUGCCCGCAGUAGGAGAGUUCAUCAAAAACGGCCGCUUUUUCGUCGUAGGUGACGCUAAUGACUCAGACGAGACCGCAUACUCCAACGAGCUUGAAUUGGAGAAUACAGGCCAUCCGAUGGCCGUAUCGGGCUCUGAAUUCGACAAUAAGUCCCUCGUAGAUGUGAGUGAGAAAAUCUACGCGAAUGAUUCUAUCUACGAUGAUGCCAACAAAGCCCUCGCCAUCUUGCAAAAAUCUUAUGGUAUUGGUUCCGCAUCUGAUUCAGUCUACAAAUUACCAGCAGUGGUCCCAGGUAUAAUCCCCAUUUGGCAGAUACUAGAAUGGUUCCAUUCAGGUGCCAUUGACAAUGACUUGCCAGUUUCCAUUUUCACCAUGAUGACAGCAGACCUCAAGGAAUGUGAUUUUGGCCAACUUAACCCGAUUGGGAAAUCAAUUGUUAUCGAUUGUAUAAGAUUAUUUGGCUUAGAGAAGUUCCAAGAUUGUAUUAUUUUGGUCUAA